UUAUCGGUAUCCUUUACAUAAAAGCAAACGUUUAUGUGUAAAGUGCGUGGCACUUGGGUAUAUCUGCCAUAUAUAAAUUUGCGCUUCAGUACCUACUGGUAGCUUAUAUAGAGACCAUUUAUACAAAACGUUUCCGUAUCUUUACGCGCUCAACGCUUGAUUGUUGCAGUCUCCACUGAAUUCGCUGGCAGUGCCGGUUCCCACAGGAGGCAGCAGGAUGUCGUCAUUGGAUAUGCAGCAGCAGGACCAGCCGGCUUAGUCGAUGGAUGUAGAACGGACAUCCUCCAUAAUUUUCUUGCCGGAUGUCGUCCUUUUCAACACUUUUUGAAUAGUAAUUAAGUAACCAUUGAUUUUCUUAACGCGUAGUAAACAGUCAGCGAGACAUCUAAUGUUACACCAUCCAGCUUAUCAUUUGCCUAUCGAUCCCGGUGUUGGCCUGGCGCGGUAUUACGGUUGCUGCUGAUCCCGCGCCAACCAAUGUGCUUAUUUAUUAUAUUAUCCCGCGCUGUGGAAAACCGGCUAAUAAUACUAUGUAAUGAAUCUCCAGUGGGCCGGACAGAAUAGGAUCAAAAAUUUCCGGAAUGCCUACCCGGCGUCCGCAUCCGCGCUGUAUCUGAAGUCAUAGUAUAAAGCGCUGAGCUGCAAGAAUAUAUAUAUUGUAUUAGAUUCCCGCAAUUUACUCAACGGUCGGCAUUUGUUGAGCGCCGUCGACGGUUCCUGACGUUUUUCCUACUUGUUUCCAGAUCAUUAUCCAGCUUGAUCCUGCCACAAAUGUCAGCUGCACAUUGAUCACACAUCAUCUAUCCUGGCCGGCUGGCGUUGAAGAGCGUUUUUCAUAGUUGGAAUCGCACCUCGUCAUCGGUAUGCAGAAAUUUAUGGCAUAAGUGUGCUGUGGCGCUAGAAAUGCAUUUAUAUUGACUGAUUUCCAUUUUUCCGCUGGCCACGAGAAGUAUUGUUUAAGUUCAGCGGGCGAGCUGACAUCGCUGGCAAUUGACGCUAUAGACUCCCAUAACCGAAAAUGGCAUUGCAUUAUUAAGCGGAUUUCUUCCAUCGCAGUUGACUGCUCCCUAAUCGAAUGUCAUGUUUCAUUAAUUACACACUAAGGAAUCCCAUUGCGUUUUGAUGCAUGCUGGAUGCGUGGAUGGUGGAUGCGUACCGGACUGCCGACGCCGAUUUCCCCGGCCAUAUAAUCGUGAUCAACUGGUUGCAUAUUGUUGUGUGGGCCAGUUGAAUUGUACAUUUGUGUGUACGCAUCCACUCAGCUGGGCAGCACGAUAACAUCUUUGCCGCGUUUUUAAAACUCUGUCGGGAUCUGCAUAUUAAACGAAUGAAACCGCUCGAUUAUUUUACUGAAUCAAUAUUGUACCAACUACUACCCAGCAUUAUUAUUUGAUACGCCGAUAUAGCCGCUUAUAAGCGUAUUGUAUUGCACACACGGCCAUUACGCAUCUCGGCUUUCGCUCUCUCGCCCGAUCCCUUUUGAAAUUCUCCCCGGGUUCCCUUUUGGGCACACGUUUCUUUCGAGCGACACAAGUACUAUUUGAUUAUCGCUUGUACGAUUGUUAUAAUGGCUGCUCGAAAUCGAAGAAUCCAUAAUUUCGGCCAGCAGAAUCGCUUGCCCAGUAUCGAAGUUUAUUCCACAUCACCGACGGCGUACGAUGCGGAUGAGCGUCGCUACAAUAAUGUCAUAAACGGUACAAGUAGUAGUACACAUACGGGACGUAAUAGUCCGCGUGGAAUAAGAACAUCGGCGCGUAAUAUCGCGGCCGCAGCGGCUAAGCAGACGUUGUCGACAACGGCAACGACCACCACGCCAACAUCCGAUUUUCGCAUUUUAACCUCCACUCUAACACCAUCCCACGGUCGGUCGGUGUACUCGUCCCAGGGGAGGAUGAGCAAUAGUAAGUCGACAGGAAACUUAUCGGUGGAAGGCACUAAUGAUCAGAAUUCUAUGCAAUCCCAGCCGGUGCAUCAUGCCAGUUCAUAUGGACGACUGACGACACAUACCGGCGCCCAUCACAAUUCCUCCAAUUCACCCAGUCCCGUCAAUUCCGCGCGGCACAACAACAUUCGCCACAGUCGCAGUCCGAAUAGAUUUAUCAGGAUGCAGUCAGCGCAGAAUUCCCGCUUAGUGCAGGGUGGUCGCGAUUCGCCGUUUGAGAGUUUCGAUGAGGUGAAUACCGGCGAUGAUGACCUGGAUGAUUACCCCGUCGUGGCUCAGGAAACCAAACAACUACCAUCGAUGACCUUUAAUAGUGAGCCCAUUACCUUAUUAGGACAUGUGAUUAAGCCGGUUACCCAUGAAGCAUCCAAUCGCAAAGUGGAAAUUCGAUAUUCAGCCAGGAAUGACAAAUACAAACGGCCUACGCACCCCAACCGGCUAAAAAUCAACGGAUGGAGUUCGCUCGUUUACGCCGAGAGGAACAUGGAGUGGGUUACAGAACACUGUCACAUUGGUGAUGACGAGGAAAUUAUGACUUAUCUGUCCAGGAAACCCGGAGCUACAAAUGGGUAUAUUGAAUGGAGAUUCGAUUUCACCGAAUGCGGGCUGCGCAUAAAACGGAUUUCGCUCAAGUUUCCGUUCGAAACAUUCGAAGACGGCCACGUCCGUGCCUAUUUGAAAAGUGAUUCCGACGAAGUGCCCAUCUAUACUUCGUUAUCCCCGCAGCCUAUUAGCCAGCCGGUCUACGGAUGGGAGAAGUUCUCAUUAAUCGCCGAACUUUCCUGUCAGCGAGAGGUGUGCAGCUUUCAACAUGCUCAGCUUUUUCGUCAGACGUUGAAGGCCGGAUUCUUUGACAAACAAGAAGAAAAGUACCAGUUCAGGAUUGAAAUUGAAUUAUACAGCAAGUAUUGAUCUGGCGGCCGGAUUCUCUCAUUUGACCGAGGUGGAUGAAGUUUGUUGCUUUCUGUGACUUAUAUACGACAUAUUGGAACAGUCGGUAUGGAAUACUAUACUGGAUUUAUAUUGUACUCGAUUUAUAUUACCAUGUUAAAGGAAAUAUAUAUGUUUUGCACUGUAUACAGUAGCAUACGAUCAUCCAAAUUGUGGAAUUUGCAAUGCAGUUGUAUGGAUAUAGCGCUUACUAAAUUGUUGUUGGCUGCUCCAUCAACAUUCGUGAAUCCAGUAAGAUUGUUAAAUUGCACAGCUGUUGACGAAAAUACAGUACCAAAAACAUAUUUCCUUAAAAUGACAAGAAUGAUUGAUUAUCAAAACAAGAAUA